GGCGCUGCUAUUGGCCUGUUGUCUGAGCGGAGUGUCCGUGAAAGGUGGGAGGGUCUGACACCAAUGGUUUAGCAUCUACUGCCUGCGUCAAUUUGUCCCCAAAAUCUUGCUGAGCAGUUAACCAUGUCCAAGGUUCAUCCAACAAACAGUGAAUAUGAGAGGCGCAAGCAAAUCAGUGUCCGUGGCAUCGCACAAGUUGAGAACGUCGCAAACAUAAAGAAGACUUUUAAUCGUCAUGUCCAUUACACCUUGGUGAAGGACCGCAAUGUCGCCACGGACCGCGACUACUACUUUGCACUUGCGCACACUGUGCGUGACCACCUGGUCUCUAGAUGGAUCAGGACGCAGCAAAAUUACUAUGAAAAGGAUCCCAAGCGCGUCUACUACCUGUCUCUGGAGUACUACAUGGGGCGCACCCUGCAGAACACCAUGAUCAACCUGGGCAUCCAGAGCGCCUGCGACGAGGCGCUGUAUCAGGUGGGUCUGGACAUCGAGGAGCUGCAGGACCUCGAGGAGGACGCCGGCCUGGGGAACGGCGGUCUGGGCCGCCUGGCCGCCUGCUUCCUCGACUCCAUGGCCACCAUCGGCCUCGCUGCCUACGGCUACGGCAUUCGCUACGAGUACGGCAUCUUCGCGCAGAAGAUCAAGGAUGGCGGCCAGACCGAGGAGCCGGACGACUGGCUGCGGUUCGGUAACCCCUGGGAGACGGCCCGGCCCGAGUAUGUGCUGCCCGUCUGCUUCUUCGGGAGGGUCGACGACACCCAGUGGGUCGACAACCAGGUGGUGUUCGCCAUGCCGUACGACACGCCGAUCCCCGGGUACGCCAACAACGUGGUCAACACGCUGCGCUUGUGGUCGGCCAUGUCGCCGUCCAGCUUCAACCUGCAGUUCUUCAACAACGGCGACUACAUCCAGGCGGUGCUGGACCGGAACUUGGCGGAGAACAUCUCGCGCGUGCUCUACCCCAACGACAACUUCUUCGAGGGCAAGGAGCUGCGUCUGAAACAGCAGUACUUCAUGGUGUCCGCCUCCGUGCAGGACAUCAUGCGUCGCUUCAAGUCCUCGCUGCACGGCAAGAAGCGCUCGACUUUCGAGACGUUCCCGGACAAGGUGGCCAUCCAGCUGAACGACACGCAUCCGUCGCUGGCUAUCGCCGAGCUGAUGCGCGUCUUCAUGGACAUUGAGAAGCUGCCCUGGGACACGGCCUGGGACCUCGUUCACCGCACGUGUGCCUACACCAACCACACCGUGCUGCCGGAGGCGCUGGAGCGCUGGCCGGUCAGCAUGCUGGGCAACAUGCUGCCCCGACACCUGCAGAUCAUCUACGACAUCAACUGGAAACAUCUGGACGAGGUGAACCACCGCUGGCCCGGAGACCUGGACCGGCUGAAGCGCAUGUCGCUGGUGGAGGAGGACGGCGAGAAGCGCGUCAACAUGGCCCACCUGGCCAUUGUCGGCUCGCACGCCGUCAACGGCGUGGCCGCCAUCCACUCAGAGAUCAUCAAACGCGACAUCUUCAAGGACUUUUUCGAGAUGACCCCGGAGAAGUUCCAGAACAAGACGAACGGAAUUACACCGCGUCGUUGGCUGCUUCUCUGCAACCCCGGCCUGGCGGACGCCAUCGCCGAGAAAAUCGGCGAGAACUGGAUCACCCAUCUGGACGAGCUGACCAAGCUGAAGCCGCUGGUGGACGACGCCAACUUCCUGCGCACCGUACAGAAGGUGAAGCAGGAGAACAAGAUGAGGGUGGCGCAGAUGCUGACCAAACAGUACGAGGUCGAGGUCAACCCGGCGUCCAUGUUCGACAUCCAGGUGAAGCGGAUCCACGAGUACAAGCGCCAGCUGCUCAACUGUCUGCACGUCAUCACCAUGUACAACCGGAUCAAGAAGGACCCGGGCGCUAAGUGGGUGCCACGCACGGUCAUGGUCGGCGGCAAAGCGGCGCCCGGCUACCACAUGGCCAAGCAGAUCAUCCGCCUGAUCAUCGCCGUCGGCAACAUCGUCAACAACGACCCCGUGGUCGGCGACAGGCUGAAGGUCAUCUAUCUGGAGAACUACCGGGUGACGCUGGCGGAGCGCAUCAUCCCGGCGGCCGACCUGAGCGAGCAGAUCUCCACGGCCGGCACCGAGGCGUCCGGCACCGGCAACAUGAAGUUCAUGCUGAACGGCGCGCUCACCGUCGGCACCCUGGACGGCGCCAACAUCGAGAUGCGCGAGGAGAUGGGACCCGAGAACAUCUUCAUCUUCGGCAUGGACGUCGAAGAGGUGGAGGCUCUGAAGGCGCGCGGCUACAACGCCCACGAGUACUACAACAAGCUGCCCGAGCUGCGCAAGUGCAUUGACAUGAUCAGUAGUGGCUUCUUCUCGCCGCACGACCUCAACCAGUUCAAGGACGUGGUGGACAUGCUGAUGAACCACGACCGUUUCCUGCUGUUCGCCGACUACGAGUCGUACAUCCGCUGCCAGGACGAAGUCGGCAAGCUGUACAUGAACCAGGACGCGUGGGCGAAGAAGGCCAUCAUGAACAUCGCUUCGUCCGGCAAGUUCUCCAGUGACCGUACAAUCGCCGAGUACGCGCGCGAGAUCUGGGGCGUGGAGCCCAGCUGGGAGAAGCUGCCGGCGCCUCACGAGCCCCGCGAAUAGCCGAGCCAUCUGGGGCCAGGUCGCAGAAGAUCUAGUUCGUUUUCGACCGUCAGGUGGUGCGAGGGGGCUGUACGUGCUGCGCGCGUAGUGUGAGGAAGAGAAAAUCUGAUUUAUGUAUCCCGUCAGCGUUGAGCCCCGAGUAGCCGAUUAUCAUGAGCAAAUAGUUUGUUGCCUUCAAUUUCUGCCUUUUGUGACAUUUGUUUGAUAUGUGCCAUGCAUAGCACGUAGCGCGAUAAAGCUCAGGUCAAUCUUGUUGAGGCUUCCUUUUUGACACUGCCAACAAAAUGCAGUUAAAGCUGCCUCUUGGACAUAGAGCUUAACGUUUUGCAAAUUUUGGAGUGGUAUUAGUGCCUGCGAUGUUUUAGGUGGUUCUCAUAAAUCCGUUUGCAUAUCAGCGUAGUAUUUUAUUUGUUUUAUGGCAGGUCCGAGGGCUCAAAUUUGUCGUUCGCAGGACAUGGGAAGGUUAUAUUAAUGGGAUUCUGAAUAUAUUGGUCUUUGAGUUGUGUAUGGUACUGGCUUUGUGCUGUCCGCCGUGUUGAAAAUGCUCCAGGUUUCAGCAUCUCACUAGAACUAACGACUUAUAAUAAAAGGCUAAAAAUG